AAAAGUCAAAGCAGACUUGAGAAUAUUUAUAAAAGUUUGGGAAAUAAUAAAAAAUCAUAGUUAAAGCAAAAAAUCGUUGUAUUCGCUUAUGUAGUCGCAAAGCGGUUUCUCCGAAAGUGUUUGGCAAGUUAUCACGGUGUGUGGACUGGGUAGAAUCCUCGGCUACAUCGGCGGAAGACCGUCGGUGGGGGCCGCAAUGUCACAGUCCGGUUCUGGUGGGUCCAAUGGGCCUCAGACACAAGCCCAAGAUCAAGACCAGCGGUCCGGGGAGCAAAAAAAUGAUUCUGUAUUGCGGAGCGAUGGACAGACGUCACAAAUUCUCUGCCAGAAUGGUCGGGCAGAAGCAGGAACGACAGCGGUCGAUAACUUGAAGCCUGACAUAUCGAAUGGCUUUGAAAAUCGGACGAUAGAGUAUGAAAGAUUCGGAGUGCACGAUCGAAACCAAAGUACGGUCGGGGUUUUCGAACAGGCGCCCCAAACAAGAGCGCCCUUACAAUAUCCGGCGACCUUCAGUGAUUUGCCGCCGGAAUACACCGCUACUUCUCAACAAACGAUCCAGUAUCCCACCCUUCGGCGUCCAUCUACGACAGGGCAACUGGAAGAUCGACAUCCGAUAAUCGCUCAACUACCACCGCAGCAGUAUCAAACCGAAAAAGCACCGAGCGACAGAGUCCAACACGUAUCCCAGACAAGUACGCAGACUUUGCCGGUCCAAGCGCAGCCUCAUUUUGUGACGGAAUACGUGAGCGAUCAGGUACCUCAAUAUACACAGAUUCGGGCUGGUCAGUUUGAGGUACGAUCGCAAAUUUAUUCGCAGCAACAGCAGCCCCAGCAGCAGCUCAGAGAGUACGGAGAUCGAGCCGGUUACGUGACAAGAGAUGUCACGUACCGAGAACAAGCUGGAGCCUCCCUUUAUGGACACCCUCAAAGUACCGGAAAUCCAGUUUUCUCCGGAACUGGUCCUUACGUUACCGUUCAACACGCUGGUUCUCAACUACCUUCGCAGUCGACAAGCCCGCAGCCCCCUUAUUACACGGGCGUUGUCUUACCGAGCCAACCACCGCCAGGUUAUGGACAAUUCACCACUGGACAACCCCAGUAUCCGUACAGCCAGUAUCCCCAGACGGUGAUGAAUCCUAUUCCGUACACACCUCACGGAUCGAUCUAUCAGCCACAACAAUUCAGUCAACAAUCGCCUAAUCCACAAAGAUUCUCACAGGAUUUGUCCCAGUAUCAGGCCCAGCCGAUAAUCCAGCCAAUUGCUCAAAACGUUAUGACAGCAACGGAGAAACCUGGUGGACGUGGGCCCAAACCCAUGGUCCCACCGAGAGGAAACUCAAAGAUCACUCAUGGCGAUCCAAAUAUCAGGAAACAAGCAACUGUUGAAGUCCCCGGACAAAAGGCGGCCGCGGCUUUGCCACCCAAGUACGAAGCACCGAUUACCCAAAACCCUCAGGUAUCCCAAGAACAGGUUAUCCGAGGUGAAGCAACUCUCUUGAUCGCUGGUACUCAAGUUGGUCCCGACGGACAAGAGCGGCGAUUCUUGUCACCAAUUAAUCAAAACCCAAGAACCCGACAGGACGGUUUGUACGUUGAUCUCAACGGUGAACAGGUACCAAGAGACAACGCACCGGAAAGUAUUGCGUCAGAAUGUGGAUUCUAUGUUUCGAGAUCUGAACAUAGAAAGUCUGUUUCGGUGGAUGUUACAACAAGUUUCCAAAGACGCAACGAUACGAUAACUUUUACUUUUCCCGGUGACAAUGGUCAGCAUGAUACAAUAGCAAGCCAUAAGACAGCUUCUUUGGGUGAACGAAAAAGACCCGAGAGUACACAGGUGUUUCCUAUUGAAGCCAGACGAGUCGAUCCUGUUCUUCGAGUCCCACCGAUGACUUUUGAUCAGCGACAGGAGAAUCGGAAAAGUAUUGUUCCCGAGAGAAAACCAGAAUGGGGCAACGUAAGUCCGAAUCAGCGUCCAGGAACAAUGUCGGCUCAGGAGAACAGACGUUCGGAUUACUUCGAAGAGCAUAGACGAUCGCCAAUGAAUCUUGAAGCCAAGAGAAUGGAAGACGUUCGCAGAUCACCAAUGCCCUUCGUAUCGAUCAGAGAUUCCUCCAACGAUCGUGCCACCCAAAAAAGUCCUUCCUUUGGCAAUCAAAACUUCGAGAAAACGAGACAAGAGUUGGCCAUGUGGGCAGAGCAGCGACAGCGUCAGGAUCUCGAACGAGGAAUGUUCCCUAAUCAAAUGUUCUCCACAAGUCCGCGCUCCCGUAAUCCCUCGGAGGAGAGACGGGAAUCCAGGAUGAUUUCAUCGGCUGAAGAUUCUAGGAAAGAUCCUCGUUUGCCACCAGCUGUUUUUCAGCCCAUAUCCAAUAUAACGCAAAGCAGUAUAAUGGAACAACGACGACACUUGCGCCACGUUAGUGCUGAUCUCACCAAGCACAUGGAAUUUUCCAGGAAGGAUUUUGAUGACCAACCGAUCACAGGCUCCGUAGCAAACUUGGUCCCGGUGUUGAGUAAUACCAUAUCUUCGCAAAGAGCGAGCCCCAAUCUCUGCCACCAGUACCCUGCACUAAGUGAGGCGAAGCUAGACUCAAAGACUCUGCAGCUGACAGUUGUUACAGAUUUCGUGAGUGAUAACCAUACACCAAAAUCCGGAGGUGAGAGCAGCGAUCAUAUCAUCCAUAGUCACCGAAAAAGUCACAACGCCUCGACAAACUUAUUGACUCACAGCAAGAGUCAGGCUGAAAAUCUUCAGAGUCAAGCAGAAUCGCACAACGAGAAAAUCGAUUCGCUUCAGGCUCAACAGCAACAGCAGCAACAGCAAAAUCAACACAUGCAGAAUCAGCAGAUGCAAAAUCAGCAAAGUCUCGAUAUGAUAUCAGAAAAAUUGAGCCAAUUCGAGCGACAGCAGAGUGAUCUGCAAGCUAAAUUACAAUGCUUGCAGAAUCAAAAUCAAAUUCUUGAUAAAGUCGCGAUGUUUCAACAUCAAGCUGAUCUUCACGUGCGAUUUCAGUGUCUCCAGGAGAGACAAGGGGAAAAAUGUAUGAGGCAAUCGACUGAUUAUCAGCCCAAGAAUUUAGUAGCAGAAAUGCAGCAGAUGAAAUUGAGUCCUUUGCCAGAUCAUCUUCUCGAGGCCGCUAAUGACAAAGCAACUAAUGCACAAGAUCAGCCAAUACAGCAAGCUUCGCAUCGCCAAUCCCUUUUUCCAGUUCCAACUUACAUAUCGGCACAAAGUCUCCAGAGUCAGGCCUGUCAAUCUUUGACUUGUGAGCGGCUGUCACCCCGCUUACCACUUGUCGAUUCCGCAGAUCAAACUACGUCUGUAGUCGGACAAAUAGCGAUGGCGAGCAAUGCGGAAUUCGAAAGGAGCGAAUGCACUCGUAGCUCGUUGCAAUAUCGAUUGACGUGUCCGUCAGACGUUCCUGAGAACGUCCCGGUCGUGGCAUCCACGUCGGUUACAGCAAAUACGUCAACGAUUUCGGGAUCUAGCAACAUGACUGGGACCUUGAAAAAGGUGCCGCCGGAAAAACCACCCAGAACGUCCCUCAUAGUUCUGUCACCGGAAAUCGAGAGCAACAGAAGCCAGCCUGCGAUAGGACUCAAACAAACACCGAAGGCACGACCGACUAUCUUUGGAACCGUGGCAUCAGACCUGAAUCCGAAGGACGGCAACAGUCGACGGAGCUUGCCACAAACCCCUGCGGGCGGAGUCGGUGGAAAAGGUCUCGGUGGAGCUGGUUCAGCAUCCGGUAUGGUCAAUGGUGCCAGCUCGGAUCAUCAAGAUAUCCGCGACGCGAGCGCCAUAAAUCCAGAGCAUGCUCUAGUGUACCGGGACGGAAAUUUGGUAUCGGGGUCUCUAGAAGCUCUGGUACAGCAUAUGGUGCCUACGGAGGAGUAUUAUCCCGAUCGGGCAUACCUCUUUGCCUUUUUGCUGAGCGCGAGGCUCUUCAUCAAGCCCCACGAGUUAUUGGGGGACGUGUGCGCUCUCUGCGAACAUCAGCAAAACCUGAACGGGGAGGGUGGUAAGGAACGACUGCACCGGUUUGUUCCACGUUUGGUGCAGCUUCUAGCAGAAUGGACGGAGACUUUUCCGUAUGAUUUUCGGGACGAAAGAGUGAUGGGCCACGUUCGAUCGAUAACCCAAAAGGUAGCAGCGGUCGACGCCGCUGCGAGGCAGGAAGUGUCGGCUCUGCUGCAAAAUUUGCUGCUGCGAUUGACCGCUCUCGAAAGAUACGAGGAAGGAUUGGCGAGAUUGUCGACCGAGGCUGCCACGGACCAACUUACUCAGGUCGAUGUUACUGAGCUGUGCCCCUCAGCAACGGUUCUCGCACAACAACUGACUCACGUUGAACUCGAGAGGCUCUCUUACAUCGGUCCCGAGGAGUUUGUUCAAGCUUUCGCAAAGGAAUCACCUCACUUAGAAACUUCCUUCAAGGACAUGAAGAAGACACGAAAUCUCGAAUCGUACGUUCAGUGGUUCAAUAGACUGAGUUAUUUCGUAGCUACGGAGGUCUGCAAGCAUGCCAAGAAGAAGCAACGUGUUCGUGUAGUCGAGUAUUGGAUCGAAGCAGCAAGGGAAUGCUUCAAUAUUGGCAAUUUUAAUUCGCUCAUGGCAAUAAUCGCUGGUCUCAACAUGUCACCGAUUUCCCGACUGAAGAAAACGUGGUCUAAAGUCCAAUCGGCCAAAUUCUCGAUCCUCGAGCACCAGAUGGAUCCGAGCAGUAAUUUUAGCAGCUACCGUAGCACACUGAAGGCAGCUAUGUGGAGGAGUGCUGGAGCAACCGAUGAGAGGCAACGCAUCGUCGUGCCAUUUUUCAGUCUGCUCGUCAAGGAUCUUUAUUUUCUGAACGAGGGCUGCAGCAACAAACUUCCCAACGGACACAUAAACUUCGAAAAGUUCUGGCAGCUCGCCAAACAAGUGACCGAGUUCAUCGCUUGGAAACAGGUGGCCUGUCCAUUCGAGAAGAAUUCACGGGUUAUCGCAUUUCUUCAAGCCAGCCCAGUACUCACGGAAAAUGCACUGGCGCUGGCUUCAUUCGAGUGUGAGCCACCAGACAACAACCCAGAAAAAGAGAGAUACAAAGCUCUGAAGUCCGAAUUGAACGCCCAGUGAAAACGAGCUGCCAAAGAGUUCACCGAAUGGGAGAGGUAUUAAAGGAUAAGGACCUACAAAUAUUCACGAAUAUAAAAAUAAGAGAAAAAAAGAAUAUAAAGUAGCGGGUCCUAGCCGCCGAAGGUGGUAAGAUUCAGCCCUCGAAGGGCCUACGGCGAGAAAUAAACACGAAAUUAUCCGGUUCGUAGCAAAGACGAAAAAACAUCAUUGCGAUUCGUGAAUCCCUCGAAUUUCUUUCGAUCCAUUUUUCAAAAUCGAACCACGAAUUUUUUAAGUUUUACUUGUAGCGCGUAGAUAACAUUGUUCUUAUUUAUAAACGUGGAUACGAAAUUAUUCACAAAGUCUGAAAACGAAUUUGGAUAUGAAACCAUAGAUUUUGAACCUAAUCAUCACUGCACACGUGUACGACACAGAUGUGUUUUAUGAUAAUCGAAUUUCAAAUUUCUCAAUUACAAGAAAAAGAUAUCUCCAAGAAUCGAAAAAUAUCAAGAUAUAAUUGAUGAAUUUGCAUUCAUGGAGACGUCAAACUCGCGAUGACAUAACACCAAUUGUGAGGUAAAUUCGAAAGUAAUUUUCGAUGUGCGAUCAUCUGCCAGCCGCGAAGCGUGUCGCGCUCAUGAAAGAUGAAAAAAAAAGAAAAAAAAAACAGUAACAAAUUCAUGAAAAGUAAGCGUGAAAUUAAAAUCGCUUAGAAGAUUAAGCAUAGUUCCUAAGCCUCGCGUUGAUCUGCGUGGAAGAUUCUCAAAAUUGUUUUCAAUCGUUGAUCGAGCUUGUUCACCAAUUUAAAAAAAUUGUCGCGUAAAAAUCUGAAAAAUAAUUAUUGAGACGACCAAAAGAAUCGUAUAAUUGAGAAUGUGAAUCAUUCACGAGAUCGUAAAUCGUCGAGAAAAAAGAGAUAAAAGAAGAUGGUAAAUGGAAGCUUAUCAACGAUUGGACACGUUUCGAGACGCUACCACGCGAGUUCCUUUUGUAUAUAUUAAACCUUUUGAUAUACGCUUAAUGUAACAGAGUCUAGAAAUAAGCCAAGGGUACGUUUGAACAAUGAUUGCCGAUAUUUGAGUUAAUGUACUUACGACACACCAGCACACUAAAGACACAGCAUCCCGUCCCUAUUGCGUCGACAUAAAAAAAAAAGUAUGAUUUCAUAGAAAAUACAAUGGCAAUGCGGAAAAAAUAUCCUGACAAAGUGAAAUAGGAAGUUUUAGCAACGUUGAGAAAAUGCAUCGACAGAUUCAUUGCUAAAACGUAAAAUUGCAUUGGAGAUGCAAUUUUUUUUCAAUUACUAGAAUUUCGUUUAGUCGAAAAACCACUUGAACAGUAAUGGUUGAUAAAAGAUUCGUUGAAAAUGCAGCAUUUCAAUAAAAUGCAGUAUUCUUACUACUCACUCACGGUGGAUCUGUUGAUAAUAAGUUUAUCGAAAAUUCAGCGUGUUUGACGAGCCAAAACCGAGUCUGAUACACACAAAACGUUAAAAUUAUUCAAAUUAUUUAAUGACGAGAGGAAAAACGAUCCGGUCGAUGCUCGUCGAAUAUAUUUGUACGAAGAAUCCAUAGUUUAGUUCUUAAGUUCUUAAGACCCCCCGAAGCUUAAAACUUAUUGUACUUUGAAUUCGUACAUAAUAUAGGGACCAAGAGUUCUUUUUCUCCUUGGUAUAUGAUUUGAAGAAAAAAAAAGAAAAAACAAGAAAUAAGCAAACAAAAUACCGACGCAACACUCGUGGUUAUUUUUACAAUCACGUUAAUAAUGAAAAGAAAACAAUGCGGAAUAGCAACGUGGAAAAAGGCAAAAAUAAUGAAAAUAAAAUUAACCGAAUAUUUACAGUUUCGUCGUCAAUGGAAAUUACAAAAAAAAGUUUGAUUUUCUUGAUCAAUUACAAACGACUGUGGAAUGUUAAUAUUUACAUACUCUUGCACUCUCCUAGAAUGCGAGAUGAUCAUACGAAAUUGGAGGUUGGGAGGAAAAACAACGUUGAAGAGCAAUUUUUAACAAAAAAAAAAAAACAAACGAAUAUCGCUAAUAAACGAAAGUAAGUCAUUUGUCAGAAAAAAAACAGAAGAAAAUUGUUCAGUGUGCCGUCCGGCGGAUUUUUAUAAUUCAACCAAGCGAAUCGUCUUCCUCCAUUUUUUCCACCGUGCAUUUUUACGAUUCAUAAAAAUCCGACUGGUACUUCGCGCCUCGACAUCAUUUCUCUGAGCCAUAAAUUAAGAAGCAGAAAAAUGGAAAAAAAUAAAUCAAUCUGCAUAUACCAUGAAAAAAAAUCAAGCAUUUAUAUAGAGAGAACAAAAAGUACGUUACUAUAGCUCGUACAUCGAUCGUCACAUUGAAAUAUAUCGUCAGAUUUAAUAGUCGUCAGUCGUAAAAAAAAAGUCUUGUAGAAGCCAUAUUUCGAGAAUUCUUCGAAUUUCUACGUUUUUUGAUACUUUAUAUGUUUUUAUUUCCUCGUGGAAAAAAUGUUUCCCCACGCGGCUUCUAACGAUAUCGUACAAAUUGUUUCGAUAGAAUUUUUCAUAUUUAACAAUAUUUUCAAACCGAUACGAAUAGUUUUUAUAAAGCUGGCAAAGUCGAAUGAUUUGGAGAAUGUAACUCACUCAGCCUGUUGAGUGAUCACUCAACCCCUUUGGAUUCUCAGUCCGAUAAAAGUUUUGUAGAACAAUUUUUAUCCCCUUAAGAUUUUUAAUAAACCCCGAGACCUUAUGAGCCUUUAAUGAAAACUCGAAAAAAAGAACAGUACCAAAUUUCAUUUCGUAAAAUUUUUACAAACCAAACGGAAGCCAUUGCUCGGUAUACCUGCAAUCGCAUUUUUAUCACGAACGAAAUCUGGACUGAGAUUAUGGUAUUGGACUUAUUUACGUCCUAUAUGGCUCUAUAAAAGAAAUAAAAGGAAAUUUGAGAAAAGAAUUACAUAAACGAAACUAAGCGAGAAAAUAAGUUAACUUCGUGCUCGACCGAGACACUCCGAUAACUCUGACAUCUGUAAAUACGAAAAUCUUGUAUAUACGUAUAUACAUAAUACGUACCCCUAUAAACGAGAUAGAAAUAAGAGUAGUUUGUAAUCUACGAAGUAAGAUAUCCGCGAGACCGGUAAUUUCUAUGUGAAUUUCUGUUUGUCCACUUAUUUCCUUUCUCUGUUGGCCCAGCAUGAAAAACGAUAGAGAAAACACUCUACGAUGUUGAAAAAUUCACAUUGGAAAUACCCGUGUCGCUGGACUCGAGCGUUUGGAAGUUCUCACUCCAUCUAGUCACUAGAGGUUAGUUCCAUCUAAGCUUUUCCCAAAUGCCAGCCCAAAAUUCAUCGGAAUUUCAAUAAAAUCGACUUUAGUUUCAUUCAGGUCGAAUCCGAUCUCUGUUUAUUUUCACGUGGUUCAAUAUGUCAGCUCAUAACACGUGGCACUUUUGUUUUACCGGCAAAAUAACAAAUAUCAAUAACGUGAAGAAGCAACCAAGAUUUUCGAAGAAAUUUUCAUAGAGUGUAACGGAGAUUGUAAUGGCGAUUUUAAAGAAUUUCGUCUUUAAUUUUUGUCUGGCAUCGUAAGGAAGCUUUGAUUGUUUUUAUGCCUAAAUAAAAGCGAAUCAUUUUAGGCUUAUGAAUAUCAUUUAACGCCGCACGUUGUAUUUUUUUUUGCUCCACAUUCCCUCGACAGACCGGACACAAAACGAAAUAAGAAUCGUUGAAAAAAGUUAGAACUAAGCGUUUUUUUGUUCGCCGAAAUAUUGUUAUUUUAAUUUUUACUAUUUUAAUUGUCAUUAAUUUUAAUAAUUUAUGUUGCGCCGCUAAUCGAAAUUUAUUCGUCAUACACAGAGUUAUGAAACGAAUAUUCCUCCAUAUUUUUUCGUCCCACACUCUCCAACGUAUCUUUUAACCCACUCCGAUUCACGCACAAUACAAUCACGAUUUAAUUAUCGUCUAGCUUAUCGAUCAUGCAUCGACCCCAUAAAGCCCGAUCGAAAAUUCAUCAUUUCCCUUUUCUUCCCUUCGAUUUUUUCACUUAUUUCACGUAGAUCUCUCACGCUGCUCGAAUAUUUUAAACGAUAAUCGCACAACUAAUAGAUAGUACGGAAAUAAUUCGACUGUCAUAAUUGCGAGAGUGAUAAAUAUGUGUGAUUGUAAAACAAAUGGGCAAAUCUAUUGUCGUGUUAUUGAAGUUUACAUCAUUGAAAUGUGUUGCUAAUGCGUUCUUUUUCCAGUCUUUGAAUGCCUUGAAAUUUUUGAAACUUUUCUUCAUUCGUCAAUUUCAUUGUCACUAUCACCAGGCGACGACGUGUGUUCAGAAACCCAAAAACUUCUGGUUCAUAUUUUGUAACCAAGUUUCGUAAUUGAAAUUUCAACGAUACCAAAAAUUGGAGGACGUAGCGUUCCAUUCCAAUGAUGUGUACUCCAACGACAUUGAUCGUCAACGUCAUACCAUUUUAUUUUAUUUUUUUCUUAGAAGUAACGCCCAUCAGUUUUAUUUUUUCGUUUGAAUCGAUCCGCACUCACAUCCGUCUUGUAAAUACUUGGCCUCUUUGCGUAUUUUUUCACCUGAGUUGUUAUCGAUAAAAUAGACGAUCGAUUACGUUUUGGGGGACUAUAUUGUACAUAAGCUCGAUAAGCGUGAUUGCGAAUGAAAUAAAAUGAUGAGAACGGAUUGAGAUGAUAAACAAAAGAAAUACAAACAAACACGAAUUAUAAUUAUUGUAGAAACGAUGAUGUCUUAUGAAAUAGAGUCCAAGAUUAACAGCUCA